GGUAGAGAGGUAGGGUAAAGGCUGCGAGAGGUGCGUGCGCACUGACAAAUCAUUGGUAAACGUGAGGAUUUACGUCGUUGCCAUUAAAGCCAAUCGAUGUGCUCGCGGAGUCGUGAAAGGGAACGAGCGCGAAUGGCACAAAUAGAGCCUGAUAAAAGGGGGAGCUCGUGCCUCUGAAGCAUCGAGAGUUGUGUACGGGCAGACAGUAAACUGCAGCGACAAGCAGCUUGUCGGGGAGCGGAAACAGCCCACCAACGUCGUACCGGUGAAGCUGCCCAGAGCAGGAAAGAACUGCUUUUCCACAAAGAAGAUCUAACACAGAAAGAGGAGGGAGAGAGCCUGGCUGAGCAUCGCUCACAAUGAAGAAAAGCAGGAGCGCUCAGGGGGUUACGCCGAGCGAUGAGCAUGCGGAGCCCCCCGCGGGGCAGUUCUCCACAGGCAGCACCCUCGGGGUGGAGGUGUGCAAAGUCCACCGGCGCUUUUCUGGCAACCUGCAACUGCCUCCAUUGUCAUGGCGACAGGCAGAGAAGGAGCGGGACAGAGGUAGGCCGCUCAGUCCAGAGGAAGAUCCUGUGACCCGGACCAGACCCACGAGCCUGCCCAUCGCAUCUCUGCCUCGCAUCGACAUCACACAGGCCGACUCUGACAGCUUCGAGGUGGAGAACGGUCCAUCCCUUUGCUGCAGUCCUUCUGACCCACAGGCGUCCCCGGGUUCAGGUCUGGUCCUACACCCCAACCUGAUGGGCCACGGCCAGCGCAGAGAGUCCUUCCUGUACCGCUCUGACAGCGACUAUGAACUGUCACCAAAGUCCUUGUCUCGAAAUUCCUCCAUUGUCGGAGAGCUGCACGGAGAGGACUUGAUUGUGACUCCAUUUGCUCAGGUUUUGGCGAGCCUCCGGACCGUCAGGAACAAUUUCACCACCUUGACAAAUGUACAGUGUACAUCUAAUAAAAGGUCUCCUGCUGCUAAUCAACCCUGUGUCACUAAAGUUUGCCUCUCUGAUGAGUCCUACCAGAAACUGGCUAUGGAGACCAUGGAGGAGCUGGACUGGUGUCUGGACCAGCUGGAGACUAUCCAGACCUACCGGUCCGUCAGCGACAUGGCCUCAAACAAGUUCAAGAGGAUGUUGAACCGGGAGCUAAGCCACUUGUCUGAGAUGAGUCGUUCAGGCAACCAAGUGUCAGAGUACAUCUCCAACACCUUCUUAGACAAGCAGAAUGAGUUGGAGCUUCCCUGUCCAGUUCCAAAGUCCAGGGACAGGAAGAGGAGGCAGGGCCAGCAGCAGCAGCAGGGUGGGAUGAUGACACAGAUCAGUGGGGUGAGGAAAGUUAGCCAUACCUCCAGCAUCUCUGGAGGCAGCGGAAACUGCUUUGGGGUCAAGACAGACCAGGAGGAGCUGCUUUCCAAGGACCUGGAAGACAUCAACAAAUGGGGACUGAACAUCUUCAAAGUGGCGGAGCAUUCCCAUAACCGACCGCUCACGUGCAUUAUGUACACCAUCUUUCAGGAGCGAGACCUGAUGAGAACGUUCAAGAUUCCAACCGACACCUUUGUGACGUUCAUGCUGACCCUGGAGGGCCACUAUCACGCCGACGUGGCCUACCACAACAGCCUGCACGCCGCUGAUGUGGCCCAGUCCACACACAUGCUCCUGUCCACGCCAGCUCUGGAUGCCGUCUUCACUGACCUGGAGAUCUUGGCAGCCAUUUUUGCCGCAGCCAUUCACGACGUGGACCACCCAGGAGUGUCCAACCAGUUCCUCAUCAACACCAACUCUGAGCUGGCUCUGAUGUACAACGAUGAGUCAGUGCUGGAGAAUCACCACCUGGCCGUGGGCUUCAAACUGCUGCAGGAGGACAACUGCGACAUCUUCCAGAACCUGACCAAGAAGCAGAGGCAGACUCUCCGGAGGAUGGUCAUAGACAUGGUUCUGGCGACGGACAUGUCUAAACACAUGAGUCUACUGGCUAAUCUGAAAACGAUGGUGGAGACGAAGAAGGUGACCAGCUCUGGAGUCCUGCUGCUGGACAACUACACAGACAGGAUGCAGGUGCUGCGUAACAUGGUUCACUGUGCGGACCUGAGCAACCCCACCAAGCCUCUGGAUCUCUACCGACAGUGGACAGACAGGAUCAUGGAUGAGUUCUUCCACCAGGGAGACAGAGAGCGGGAGAGGGGGAUGGAGAUCAGCCCCAUGUGUGACAAACACACAGCUUCCGUCGAGAGGACGCAGGUCGGCUUCAUAGAUUACAUCGUUCACCCUCUGUGGGAGACCUGGGCCGACCUGGUUCACCCCGAUGCCCAGGACAUCCUGGACACACUGGAGGAAAACAGGAACUGGUACCAAAGCAUGAUCCCCCAGAGCCCCUCUCCUCCUUUCUACACCAGCGAUGGAGAAGGAGGUCCACACGGGGACACGGAGGGGAGGCCUGUGGAGAGUAAAUUUCAGUUUGACCUGACACUGGACAACAAGGACAGUGAGAGGGACAGCGGGGUGAUGGACACAGCAGUUAAAUCUGACAAUGUGAUCAGUGAUCAUCGAUCUGAUCAGGACGAGGUGGAAGAGACGACUCGUGACGUCUCCCCGGCGGAAACAUAACCGGAACCGUUGUUUUGGCUGAGUUGGUUUUUUUUUGCAGUGGAGCAAUCCUGCAAAUCUGGCUUUCUAGGAGCCGCAUGGCUUGGAGGGGCACCCCUGUAAACGAGGCUUGGAAACCCUGUGGCAGUUUGUUUAUAAGUCGCCCAUGAACGGAGCUGGAGGCUUGUGGCCUAACUUUAUUAAAGGAGAAGGACCACAGAGGCCCGACUUAAUCUGGAUGGUCUCAGACGGAGAGUCUGACGAGACGGUAUGAAACUGUGGGGAAAGUUAAACUUCCAUACUUGCACUUCAGGACAUUUGUACAAUAUUUGUAAUGUCUCAAGACUGGAUAUCACCCAACUACUGGUGACCAAGUUGUAACCAAGUAGAUUUUUCUUUUUAUUUUUUUUUAACAUGU